AUGUCGAAGCCCUUUUUCGCCAAGGUCAAGAGCGUGCUUAGCGGCGAUACCCUCGUCUUGACCGCUCCCAACAACCCCAGAGCCGAAAAGACCUUUUCCCUCGCAUACGUCACGGCUCCUCGCCUGAACAAGGAAGGCGAUGAACCAUUCGCUUUCCAGUCAAGAGAAUACCUCAGAGAACUUGUCGUUGGCAAGCAGAUCCAAUGCACAGUAGCUUACACUGUACCUUCCGGUCGCGAGUUCGGCACUGCUCUGCUCUCCAAGGAUGGCCCUUCUCUCCCCGAUGAAGCUAUCAAGGCCGGAUGGCUCAAGGUCAGAGAAGAGGCUGGCCGCAAGGAUGAUGAUGAGGCUACUACUCAGCGUCUCGACAACUUGCGCCAACUCGAGACCGAAGCCAAGAAUGCCGGCAAGGGUCUCUGGUCUGGCACUGGCGGCAACAUUCAAGUCCAGAAUGACCUUGGCGGCCCUCAAUUCAUGAACGAAUGGAAGGGAAAGACUGUCGACGGCAUUGUCGAGCGUGUUCUGAGCGGUGACCGUCUUCUUGUGCGACUGCUCCUUUCGGAUAAGAAGCACGUGCAGGUCAUGACACUCCUUGCUGGAGUCCGUACGCCUACCACCGAGCGAACGAUACAGUCUACCGGCCAGACUCAGGCUGCUGAAGAGUUUGGAAACGAGGCCAAGGCUUUUGUUGAGGAGAGACUGCUCCAGCGCCGCGUAAAGGUUGAUAUCGUUGGCGCCAGCGCUCAAGGACAGCUGGUGGCAGCCAUCAUCCACCCCAACGGCAACAAGAACAUUGCCGAGUUCCUCCUUACCGAGGGUCUCGCCAGAUGCAACGACUUCCACUCCACCAUGCUCGGCGAGAAGAUGGCCAGCCUCCGUGGUGCUGAGAAGACAGCCCAGGGCAAGAAGCUGCGCAUCCACCAGCACCACGUUGCCAAGGCUGACGGCGCCUCCUCCGACAUGAUUGUCGCAAAGAUUAUCGGCGCAGACACCAUCAUUGUUCGCAACAAGGCUGGUGACAAGGAGCAGAGAGUCAACUUCAGCAGUAUCCGCGGCCCUCGCACCAAUGAGGCGUCAGAAGCCCCCUACAAGGAAGAGGCCAAGGAAUUCCUGCGCAAGAAGAUUAUCGGCAAGCAUGUCAAGAUUAGCAUCGAUGGCUCCAAGCCUGCUACCGAUGGCUACGAGGCCCGCGAGGUUGCCACGGUCACGGAGAAGGGCAAGAACGUUGGUCUCGAGCUGGUUGAGGCUGGUUACGCGACUGUCAUCCGUCACCGCAAGGACGACACUGACCGCUCCCCCAACUACGACGAGCUCCUCGCUGCCCAAGAGAAGGCCAAGGAAGAGAAGAAGGGUAUCUGGUCUGGAAAGGCUCCCAAGAUUAAGCAAUAUGCCGAUGCUUCCGAGUCUCUGCAAAAGGCCAAGAUCCAGCUCGGCACUCUGUCGAGGCAAAAGAAGGUGCCCGCUAUUGUUGAUUUCGUCAAGUCUGGCUCUCGCUUCACCAUCCUAAUUCCCCGUGAGGGUGUCAAGCUGACGUUGGUAUUGGGUGGCAUCCGUGCUCCUCGUGCCCCCGGCCGUGGAGGCGACAACGGUGAGGAGUUUGGCCAGGAGGCUAUUGACCUUGCCAGUCGCCGCUGCAACCAGCGUGACGUUGAGGUCGACAUUUACGACAUUGACAAGGUUGGAGGUUUCAUCGGUGACUUGUACAUCAACCGUGAGAACGUCGCCAAGUUGCUCGUCGAGGAGGGUCUGGCAUCUGUGCACCGCUACUCUGCCGAGAAGUCUGGCAACGCCACCGAGCUGCUUGCAGCUGAGAAGAAGGCCAAGGAGGGCCGCAAGGGACUGUGGCACAGCUGGGACCCGUCUCAAGAGGAGGAAGAGGAGGCUGAGGCCGUCGAGACGACCAAUGAUACCCCCGAGGCGUACGAGAACAAGCCCAAGGAUUACCGCGAUGUUGUUAUUACCAACAUUGACGGCAACGGAAAGAUCAAGAUCCAGGAAAUUGGCAAGGGCACUGCUGCUUUGACGACCCUCAUGAACGACUUCAAGAAGUUCCACCUCAACUCGGCAAACAGCAAGCCUAUCGGCGAUGCGCCCAAAGCCGGUGACUUUGUCGCCGCCAAGUUCUCUGCCGACGGAGAAUGGUACAGAGGCCGCAUUCGCUCCAACGAUCGCGCAGCCAAGGUUGCCGAGGUUGUCUACAUCGACUACGGUAACACGGAGAAGCAGCCCUGGUCCAAGCUGAGACCUUUGGAUCAGCCUCAAUUCACCACACAGAAGCUCAAGGCUCAGGCAAUCGACGCCUCGCUUUCAUUCCUUCAACUGCCCACUGCGCCCGAGUACUUCUCGGAAUCCAUCGGCUUCAUUGCUGAGUUGACCGAGGGUAAGGAGUUGGUUGCCAGCUUUGACUUUGUCGACACCAAGGAGGGCGUCAGCUAUAUCACCCUCUUUGACUACAACGCGGGCGACAAGAAGCCGGGCCCGAACGACUCGAUCAACAAGGAGAUCGUCGCCAACGGCCAGGCCAUGGUGCCCAAGAAGCUCAAGGCGUGGGAGCGCAGCGGCCAACACGCCGCUUACCUGAAGCACCUGAAGGAGGUUGAGGCCAAGGCUAAGGAGGAGCGCCUCGGCAUGUGGGAGUACGGCGAUAUCACUGAGGACUAA